UUCCACGACGGGAUCGGACGGAAUUGAAUUGGGGUGACGCUUGGAUUCUGCGCGCCCGUUCCCGAACACCUUCCUUCGCAAACCGGCAAACUUCCAGAACGCACUAAAGAGACCACAGGACCCAGCAUGUCGCCCUCUAUUCAUCACUCACUCCAUCCCACGCUUAAAGCACAACCACCAUGACUGGAGAACUUAAAGCCUCCAAGGCCGAUAUUCGCCCAGCAACGCUCGACGACGUCGACGCCAUCGUCGCAACCCUCAAUGAAGCCUACAGAGGCGACGGGGGAUGGACCACCGAGGCGCAUCUCGUCCAAGGCGACCGCGCCGAGCCCUCAGAAAUCAUCCCCCUCAUAACCUCCCGCCCACCCACCGCCGGCACUCUCCUCGUCUACCAUCCCUCCUCAUCCCCCCAACCCCUCGCCUGCGUCGACGUCGAGAUCCGCCCCAACAGCCGCGGCUAUUUCGGCCUGUUUGCGGUCCGCCACGCGUUGCAGGGUAAAGGGGUGGGGAAUCUGUUGAUGGAGGCGGCCUUUGAUAAGAUGAGGGAGCAGGGGUGUACCGUGGCGGAGAUUACGGUUAUCCAUGUGCGGAAGGAUAUCAUUGCGUGGUAUCAACGCAAGGGUUUCGUCUUGACGGACAGGAUGGAGAACUUCCCUGCAAACGCGGGACGAUCAAAGUUGCUGCCUGGCGUAGAUGGGCGGUUUGUCUACCUAGAGAGACAGCUUUGAUUCGUCGAGCGGCCAUUUGGAUUCGCCUCAUGUUAUCGCGCUCGAGCGUUCCCAAGCUCCGCAGAUAUUGCCGCCAGGGGUGGUCGUCGACACCGCUGCUGAGCGAGAAGAACUAAAAAAUAGUCCGCAGAACCCCUCACAUCGUGAAGAUCCUCUCGGCUGCGGUAUAGGCCUUCUGUGGCUUGUUAGAAGCACACACUACCCCGCUGCACUCUCAAAGCGUAUUAUGCUGGCAUCAAGAGAUGUAUUCUUGCGUAGAGAGCUUUGCUCGAAUAAAGAACUUUUGAUUGCAGUUUGUCAAC